AAUCCUCUGCGCAAGCCAACACCCUCCUACACUACACCCCACAACCUCUCUUACUCUCGAACCGCCACGUGUCAGUCAAAAAUGCUAGUAUUAACAUCUCCCUUCUUGACCAUCUCACUCUCUUUCUUCUCUCUCUUCGCUCCUCUCCUCUCCGCCUGCUAAUGUGCGCCGGCGAAACUGCGCAAUCUAGCAUCCAGCCUCCGAUCUCUCCACUCACUCAUCCAUCUCUCCUUCUACAUCGCCAUCGGUUAAUAUCUAUACAUACAUAAACUUGUACGUAUAGUUUCGUUACAUACAAAGCGUGAGAUUCGAAACGGAUGGCGGCUCCACCGGCUAGGGCGCGUGCAGAUUACGAUUACCUCAUUAAGCUCCUCCUCAUCGGCGAUAGCGGUGUGGGUAAGAGUUGCCUUCUUUUGCGUUUUUCUGAUGGUUCAUUUACUACUAGCUUUAUCACUACCAUUGGAAUUGAUUUUAAGAUAAGAACCAUUGAGCUUGAUGGCAAACGCAUCAAACUCCAAAUCUGGGACACUGCUGGUCAGGAACGAUUCAGGACAAUCACAACUGCUUACUACCGUGGAGCUAUGGGUAUUUUGCUGGUUUAUGAUGUUACAGAUGAAUCAUCUUUUAACAAUAUCAGAAACUGGAUUAGGAACAUUGAACAGCAUGCUUCAGACAAUGUGAACAAGGUGCUGGUAGGAAACAAGGCUGACAUGGAUGAAAGCAAGAGGGCAGUACCUACCUCCAAGGGCCAAGCACUUGCGGAUGAGUAUGGCAUUCAAUUCUUUGAAACUAGUGCAAAAACAAAUCUCAAUGUUGAGCAAGUUUUCUAUUCAAUCGCAAGGGAUAUUAAGCAGAGGUUAGCAGACACUGACUCGAAGGCUGAGCCUAGUACAAUCAAGAUUAAUCAACCAGACGCUGCAGGUGGAAGUGGUCAAGCUGCUCAAAAAUCAGCAUGCUGUGGCACUUAAUAUGAUUAAGCAAUUAAUACCGAAUCAGUUAUUGGAAACCUUGCUGCCUAAAGAACACAAAAGACCAAAAUGUUGACUUAUCUGAUUAAUGUGUGUAAUUUCCUUUAUUUGUCAUUCUUUCCCCAGCCGCUUGCUAGUUUGUGAAAGAUAGGUUUUUAUCGUUCAAGGAUUUUAUACUUGCUACAAACUUUUUCGUC